GGGGGGGGCGGGGGGGUUGUUUGUUUUGAGUGGAAGCACAAGUGUCAUUAGUCAUCAGGACUCAUCCCUUCUGAAUGUCAGUGACGAGUCCAAGUCAAUCGGAGACGUCGGUCACGCGUGAGCAUGAGCUGCGAAAAGGAGGAAUGAAGUAAAAGGGGAAGUUAGGUAAUGCUCUUCCACAGGAAAUGGAGUGAGUCGGGGCGGAUUGACGCCGCUUUGCAAUACAGUAAACAGAUAAAGGUCGCCACAGAAGAGGAGGAAGGAGCGAGGAUGAGGGUGGGUGGAGGGUGUUCAAGACAGAGUGAAAGGGAGGGUUUAAGUAUGCAAGCGAACAAGGAAUUCCCCCGCCCCUGCUUCCCCAGAUAAAAUGCAGUGUGCGUGGUUUUGUGUGGUUGUGUGUGUGUGUGUGUGUGUGUGUGUGUGUGUGUGUGUGUGUGUGUGUGUGAGUGUGAGUGUGUGUGAGAGAGAGCGAAUAGGAAGACUUGUCCGGGCAAACUGCAAAGUGCUUGUCCAUUUUUUUACUUCAGCCGCUCUGCUGCUGCAGCGUUUAGCCUGCUAGCCACCUUGUAUGGAUGCACUGUUAUCAUCUCUGGAAUAAAACAGUGGCAAGUGAAGAAGUUGCCCCGGUCAAGAAGCGAUGCCAGUGAGGCGCCCUAUAAGACAUAACUAGAGAGAAAAAAAGAGGGGGGGGGGGGGGCAAAGGAGAAGCAAGCAGGAUAGAACAAGGAGACGGUCUUGCCUGAAGGAAAUCCGGGCUUCAUGACAAGAUGAAGCCAAUUAAAAAGCAGGGUCGGCGUUCCCCCCCCUCCACCCGAGCCAAAGGGGGAAAGCGGCGGGGUGCCAGCGAGGUCCUGGAAGGAGGCGAGAAAAGAGACUCUGAUGAAAACCGAGACAGAACCGGGCAAGGCCAGGAUCACUUCUCUUUCUCAUCACAGUCGGAGUCCUCAGAUCCAGUCAGAACCAGGGACUCUUCCGACGGAGAAUCGCUUGUCAUUGACUCUGGUAAAUUACUAGCAUCGCCAGACGAUCGAUCCGGACAUUCGGCAUUGAGUGCUGGGAGCCACAGUGACAGCAAUGCCAGCAGCUGCAGUAACAGCAGCACACCAAGCGCCAACAGCAGCCCCAAUCCCUCGUCCAGUCGCAAAACUGCCACCUUUAAGGCCCGUGUUCCCAAGAAGAAGUACACAUCUGAACACUGUUCCAUUACUACUGGGGGUAACCAUGGCAACCUUGUUUCCAGGACCCCUCCUCCUCUUCUUGUUGGCGGCGGGGCCCUGAACCAGGGGUCAUCGUGUUCAGGUAGUCCCAUACGUGUUUCGCACCCUGAUGGCAACAGUCAAAGUCGGGGCCUGUUGGCGGACAGCAGAGAACCACAUCAGGACGGUUCCCCCGGACCACCUAUCCUCUCACUGCGAGGGGAAAGGGAAAGGCCAGGAAGGGUAGAGGGGGUCAAGGAUGGGGAGCGAGUGUCGCCCAGCCCUCUACCUCGCUGCUCCUCCACAGACACGGCCAGUGAGCACUCGGCAGACCUGGAGGUGGUCGUAGAUGUUUCCUCACGCCCGCCCUGCAGUCUCCCUGAUGCGCUCUCUGACGCCUUGGCCAGGGGACUAAAAAAUCAGCGAGUCCUAGCUCGUCAGCGCUUAAGAAGUGAUGAGGAUGGAGGAGCUGAAAGAAGGAACGAUGGGAAGGGUUCGGGCUUGGUGUUCUGUGCUGGUGUGGUCCGUAGAGUCAACGGCGAAUUUGGAAGCCUGGAGGUGCAACUGAAUGGGGAAAAGACACUCUGCCGUUAUCCUUAUCGCAACAUCAGCCCCCCAGGGGUUGUUGACCUUAUCCUCGAUGCCCCUCCACCUGGUGUGCACCCUAUUCCACUCGGCACUCGUGUCUGUGUGCCUUUCAGCAAUGAGGAAGGCUGUGGGGGUCAGUGGUACCGGGAAGGCGUGGUGACUCAGGUGGAUACUCACCCAGCGGUGGCUAAUUGUUACCGUGUUCUGUUGUCUGAUGAGAAAGCUUCAUCUCUGAAUGAAGAUGAGGGUGACAGGGGCGCGGCCAGUGCCACCCAGGCUGUUUGGGUGUCCAGGCAAACACUCCGGCUCCUGGUGCCGCCUUGGGACUUGGACUUACCAUCAAGAGAGACCGAAGUAGGUGCUCGAGAUAAUGAAAUGGCACAGGAAGACAGGGACGAAAUGGACGUGGAGCAGGAGGUGUGUCGUCUCAGCCGGGGGAUGACACCGGUAGUCGGGCCCUUAUUGGGGAGGGUGUACCCUUGCAUGGUUCCUGUCUCCUCCACACCAGGACACAGCAUUACCACUCCAGUCACACCGGCCUCAGUCCUCAGCCUGGCUCCUGGCCGCAAGUGGGACAUUGAGAAAGAUCUCGGAAGAGAGAGAGAUCUCCAGAGAAAGCAGGAAAGAGAAAGGGAGAUUAUUACAAAGCAACAGCAGCAACAUCAUUCGUACAUGCCACUCACCCCUGAGGAAGACAUGGAGGUGUCCCGCUUCAACAUGGUCCCCAUGGGAGCACUUAUACCGGGGCCCAAACCCAUGGCAGUUCCUCAGCACCGCCACAUUGUGUCUAAGCCUCCACCCGGCUACCUCAAUCCUCAUCUGUCUGUGGUGCAGGGAAUUGGAAUUCCCUCCGGCCACCUUGCCCUAAACCCACACCCACCUCCCUCCCCGGUCCUGCUCGGUCUGGAUCCGGCCGUUGCAGCUGUCGCAGCUAGUACCGCUGUCAUUUCCGCUGCCCAGCUCGCGCCCCUGCCCGCUAUCUCCUCCACCAUGUCCUCCUCCAGAGUGGAGAAAGCAUCAGGAGGUGUCUCCUCCACUGGAGGUGGCGGUUCUGGUUCCACUUCUUCCUCAUCUUCACGUUCGCGCACCCCACUGACAGCCGCCCAGCAGAAGUACAAGAAGGGAGACGUAGUGUGCACGCCAACCGGCAUCCGCAAGAAGUUUAACGGGAAGCAGUGGAGGAGGCUGUGCUCCCGCGAAGGCUGUUCCAAGGAAUCCCAGCGCCGAGGAUACUGCUCCAGGCACCUCUCCAUGAGGACCAAGGAGAUGGAGGCCAGCGGGGGGAUCAGAGAGCGAGGAGGGUCCAGCAGCACAGGGACCUUGACACCGUCUGACUUGCGACUAAGUGGCGGCCGAGCCAGCUCCGAGUUUGACUGGGACGAGACUUCCCGGGAAAGCAGCGAGGCCAGCAGCCGUGGAGGAGACUCCCGGCCCCGUCUGGUCCUCCCCUCCUUGCUCCCCCAGGACUUUUCUCGCUUUGACUUUGAUGAAUGUGAAGCGGCGACUAUGCUGGUGUCGUUGGGGGGUUCCCGUUCGGGGACACCCUCAUACUCACCCAUCUCCAACCAGUCCCCCUUCUCUCCGACCCCGUCGCCGUCUCCCUCUCCACUCUUUGGUGGUUUCCGCCCAGCAAAUUUUAGCCCCAUAACUGCUCCAUCCUCACGCCGUCAUCGCCAGCUGAGUGGCACAAAAUUGGGCUCUCUGAGCACAGAACGGGAGCGACACCUUUCGGGCAUUGUGCCGACUUGUCACACCAACCUCACUUUUACGGUGCCAAUGAGUCCCAGCAAGAGGAAGCUGGACAGCCACCCGCCUCCUCCACUGCCAGUAGUCCACGACUACCAGACCAAACCGGAGCAACAACAAAUGGUGGCUGUAGGGGGAGGUGUUGGGGGUGAUCUGAACCUCGGGCCUGCUGCCUUCAGAGUCCUUUCCCCCCAGAGUCAACCGACAACUCCUUCUUCAUUGACUUUCCCACGGCCACGUAGCUCCACCAGCCGGCCCCCGUCCUCUGCUGCCUCCACACCCCCACCCAUGCUGGUCUCUCCCACGCCCCCAUCUCCGCUACCCCAGGAACCUUCUCCGCGUCGCAUCGUGCCACUGCGGGAUUCUCCUGUUAUCGUCCGCAACCCCGACGUCCCCCUGGCCAAGUUCUCUGACGGCCCCCUAGCAAGGCGGGAAAGGAGCAGAUCCAGGGAGCUGAGCCAGGGCCAACACGCAGUCCCUCCCGGCCUUCAAGCGCCUGUUCCCAUAAACGGAGCCACAACUAACGGCACCGUUCUCCUCCGCAAUCCUGCAUCUGCUCUCGUCCUGGUAACGUCCAGCUCGUCCCUCACCCCAGCCUCAGCAGGCCAUGCCCCCCACUCAAGUUCACCAGCCGCCGGUUCAACGUCGACCACUGCAGGCCACAUCCUGUCCACGUCAGGGUCUGGGGGCAUGGAGAGAAAACCCGAGGGGCACCUGGAGGCCACCGUUGGGGCCUUGCCACAGCCUGUAGCGUGCCACCCAACACCCACGGCCCUCCUGCCACUCAUUCUACCCGCCGAGUCUUCGCACCCUGCACCCCGCAAGCAGAUCAUCAUGGGACGCCCCGGCACGGUGUGGACCAACGUGGAGCCUCGCUCUGUGCCAGUAUUCCCUUGGCACUCGCUCGUCCCUUUUUUGGAGCCCGGCCAAUCGGGAGCGGCCGUCCAGCCCGCCGUGGAUGGCCAACAGCUCAUCAAUCAAAACCAAGAGCCUCGAUGCGGCGUGGCACUGGUGGGCGACGGGCGAGCCCCCGACCUGGAGAGGAGGUCGCCGUCACGUCCGCCCCCGGCUAGUAACAACAACACCCCGGCGGAGAGGGGCGGAGCCGACAGCGAGACGGAGAGCGACACCGACGACCCCUUCUCCCCUGGCAUGGUUGCCAACGACGCAUCGCCCUCGCGUGGCCCCGCCAAGAGGCGCACGCAGUCCCUCAGUGCCCUGCCCAAAGACGCAGAUAGGAAGAGGGAAAAAGACCACAUCCGCCGGCCCAUGAACGCCUUCAUGAUCUUCAGCAAGCGCCACCGGGCUCUGGUCCACCAGCGACACCCCAAUCAGGACAACCGAACUGUCAGCAAGAUCCUGGGCGAGUGGUGGUACGCGCUGGGACCCAAUGAGAAGCAGCAGUACCACGACUUAGCCUUCCAGGGGAAGGAGGCUCACUUCCGAGCACAUCCCGACUGGAAGUGGUGCAACAAGGACCGCAGGAAGUCGUUGUCUGACGGCCGCGGGGCCUCCAAGGAAGCACGGGAGAGGAGCAUGUCCGAAACUAUAGACCCGCAUUUGGAGUCUCAGGCGCUGGAAGGCAAGCUGCUGAGCUCGCCGUGGACCUGUGGAGGCGAGCGCCAAGCGGGGGAGGUGUUCGGCGGUCAACAACCCCGUCCCAGAGCUUUCUCCCACAGUGCCGUGCACAGCCUGGAGCACCGCGUAGACGGCGAGAAGGAGGAUGGGCCGAGUUUUUUGCGCAACCGGCAACUGCUGCCAUCAUCCUCCCACAUUGAAGGCGGAGCUAGCGAGGAUGUCAACAGUGAUGAGGAGCGCAUGGUCAUCUGUGAGGAAGAGGGGGAUGAUGAUGUCAUGGAGGACUCGUGUCCCGAAGGCUCCAUUGACCUCAAGUGUAAGGAGAGAGUGACGGACAGCGACGAAGACGAGCCCGAUGGCCAGCCUGGCUUGCAGCCACUGGCUCGCUCCUCCCUCACUUCCCCCUCGCCUCCCACCCCUCACGACGAGUGUGAGAGCAAGAGGAAAAUGGGCAUCGAUGCGGCAGACGAGGACGGCAAGGGCGGCUGCAUUGCAGGAGAAGGCGAGGGGGUGGCCUCCCUGCCCGUGGGGGGCUCCACGCCCGACACCCAGGAUGCGGUGCAUCCUGUCGAGGGCGUCAUCACCCUCGGUUGCCCGGUGCAAGACAACAAAGCCACCAUCCUCAUUGGAGGGAAGCAGCUGCCUAUCACCACAGAGGGUGGGUACCUGUCCUCUGCCUCUCCUGGUCCCAACUUCUCUUUCGGGGGCUCCUUGGUGCCCGCCCAGCCUGUCAAGCUCCUGACUCACGCCCAGCCGCCCCCGCUAGCUGUAAUCAGACCCACUGCCACCACUUCCCCCGAACCUCCACCCUCCGCUAGCGGUCCCAAGUACAUCCUGCCGGCCCCCCAGACCCCCUCUCCACCUGAACUCACCUGCCAACAAAUGGGCUCGGUGCCCGCUGACGCCCCCCCUUCGCCGAAUGGCAUGCCGCACUCGGGGGCGGGAGUGACAGGAAGCAGAGUUCAAGCCCAGCUGCAGAAUAAGAUGUUCGUUCCCAUGGCGACAGUCCAAUCCGGGUCCACGCCUCCGCAGGCGCCCGUCUCUUUGGUGGCGCCACCUCUUCCUGUGCAAAAUGGCCCCGCCGCAGGAAACAAGAUCAUCCAGAUUGCUCCCAUGCCAGUGGUCCAAAGCAGCGUUCACCAUGGGAGCGCUUUUCCUGUUUCCAUGGCAACGGUGAUGGCUGCCGGCGCCGCGCCCCCACAGACCCUCAUCCUGACCACGCCGCCUACCAGGAUCACCUAUGUCCAGUCGAGUCCGGGCGUUACCAUGACGAUUCCCCAACAAGCCCAGGUACCGCCAGCGGUGCCCAGCGCUGCCUUUCUCUCGUCUCCCCUGACCACAUUAGGCUUCACCACUAUCGCGCCGGCCGGGCACCCUGUGCUGGCUCCGACUCCCUCCCUGAGCGGCCAGAGCCACAAUGUCAAGAGCGCCUCUAACGCCUCCACUGCUCGGCAGGUUCUUACCACCAUCUACCCCGCUGGUCCGUUGGCGUCCAGCCUGGUCACCCUGACAACCGCAUCGCCCGCCAUAAAUGCUCCAGAUGUGGCGAAGCCCUCCACCACGGCGGAGGUUGAUAUGAAAAAGGAGCUUGGUGAGCCGGACACCAAGGAGGAAGGAGAUGAAGAAGUCAAGGAGGUCAAAGAAAGACAAGACGACAACAUUGGUCAGUUAAUCAAGGAGGAAAGUGUCAAGCUGGAGGAGGACGAGGAAGCGCGUGAGGAGAAGAUCAAGGAAAGCAGGGAUGAGAUACGAGGACGAGAAAUGAAGAAAGAGGAAGAGGCUGGAGCUCCUUCUUCUUCUCCUCCACCUCCUCCUCAUCCGCCAUCUUCAGGUUUGGAUCCGCCGCCGCCUCCACUUGCCGAGAAAGAGCCGACGGCGUCCUCCAAGAGGAUCAAGUUCCGCCCGCCGCCGCUCAAAAAGACGCCCGAUCCUCACGACAAGCUUUUGUCUGAGACGUACUUCGAGGAGCGUUUUGCCGAGCUUCCAGAGUUCAACCCGGCGGAGGUGCUCCCGUCACCUACCUUGCAGAGCCUGGCCACGUCCCCUCGGGCCAUCUUGGGGAGCUACCGGAAGAAGAGGCGCAACUCCACCGAACUGGAGGCGGCCACCGAGGACCCGAGCUCACCGAGGAGGAAGACCCGCCGCCUUUCCAGCUGCAGUUCGGAGCCCAACACUCCGAAAAGCGCCACCAAGUGCGAGGGCGACAUCUUCACCUUUGACAGAGCGGGUAUGGAGGGAGAGGAUCUCCUCGGAGACCUGGACCGGGUGCCCUUCUCGUCCCUGCGUAGAACUCUGGACCAGCGGCGAGCGCUCGUCAUGCAGCUCUUUCAGGAACAUGGCUUCUUCCCCUCAGCUCAGGCCACGGCAGCCUUUCAAUCCCGCUACGCCGACACCUUCCCCACCAAGGUGUGCCUGCAGUUAAAGAUCCGCGAAGUCCGCCAGAAGAUCAUGCAGGCUGCCACGCCAGGGACACUGGAGGGCGGCGGCUGCUUCUCAGCCGAGGCCGGCAGCCCCGCACCCGCGCAGAGCUCCUCCGUCCUCAACCCGUCACUGCAGGAGGACGCGGGAGGAGGAGCGGAACAGACGGACGACUGAAGGCCGCAAGAUGGAGAAGCCCAAAAGUGAAGGUUUCGAAGAAGUGAAGAAGUUUGGACGCAGACGCUUACUCUUAAUCUGACCUGGGCGGGAUAAUAGUGGAAUACAGUCCCAUAACAAUAAUAUCCCCCCCCCCCGAGCCCCACCCCAUCCCAAAAAAAAAAAUCAAUAUUCACCGGAGGAAAAAGUACUAUUUCUACGCCCAGGUCUGCCCUUAGCACAUUUGUACAGUAGUUUGUAGUCGGGACACAAGCUCUGUGGUACACACACACACACACACACACACCAUGGUGCAGAUAUAAUCUUCAGCAUGAUGCUGACACACACUUAGCAAAUCAGACUGUUACUCUUGGAUGGAGGCAGCCAGGAGCCGCCUCCCAGGAACACACACACACACACACACACACACACACACAUGCGCACACACACACACACACACAUGCGCACACACACACACAUGCACUCACGCACGCACAUCAAAAAGGCACUUUGUCACUUGUUCUUGUGCAAAUGCAGUUCAGCUGUUGCCAGCCAGCCCUCUGUUGCCAUUGACUUGACCUCAUCGUCCGUCCACUCCUCAGCACAGUGGGUCCCGGACGCAAAACCACAACCCUGACGACCUCCACUGAUAUUCCACGGCCCCUCGAUGCUGCACACACACAAGACACGCACACACUGAAGUACACAUGCACAUACACUCACACUUACACAUGCAGUCAGUUCGGCGCGUGCCCCCCGCGCCGUGACCAGCCCAUGGGCACCUCCCGCCCCCACGCACAGUUUCGUCAGCGAUUGUAAAGACAAAAAUGAGAGAUCUCGGCAUGAUUCCGUUGUGACGAAUCUUUGCACCUUCCGUCAUGACCAUGUCGGAAAACUGAACCCUUGUCCACUCUUGAGUGUUUGGACAUGGAGGCACCGAAACAGAUUUUUUUUGAAGCUGGAUGGAAGGUCGAAUCUCCCAAAAAGUGUUUAUAUGCAAAGCAACCACAAGAUGUCAGGCUCAACGACAGAGAGAAGGGAAAAAACAAACAAAAAAAAA